AUGGAAAAGAAUUCAGCAAAAAAAAUGAGGGAUAGUCCACAUUCGCUCCCAAUUUAUCUAAAAUGUGGACACAAAGGUGGUUCUUUUCAAGGUACGUUACUACAAAUGAAGGAAACAAUACGUUUCCACUCUAAAUUUUAUGGGACGAAGGAGAAAACAUUUCAAGAUAAUUUUCUGUUGAAAUAUUGCAAAACAGUUCCAAUACAGCGUAAACGCCCAAAAAAUUCGCAACAUGUUGCAAAAACAUUUCAAACACGAUUUUACAUUAUGACUAACGAAAACAGAAUGUUGGCUGUGUGUAAGAAAGCUUUCAUGGAAGUUUUGGGUAAAACAAGGAGACGAAUUGAUACAGUUACAAAAAAUUUCUAUAGAACUUUCUUUCCUGCAAUGGAAAAUCGAGGUGGCGAUAAAAAGCUGGAAAAGUACAUGUUGGAAAAAAGUGGUGUUAUGGAUUUUAUUAACAAAUUCCGCGUAAUUGAAUCUCAUUAUUGCCGGGGACAAAGCCAACGGUUAUAUCUGGAUUCUUCUUUGAAUAUAAAGUCGAUGUGGAAAAUGUACUUAAAAGAAAAUAAAAACUUUCCAGUAAAAGAAAGCUAUAUCAGGAAAAUUUUUAUUACACAAUAUAUCCUUGGUUUUGGUUCUCCUAGAACCGAUGCGUGUUCGACAUGCUUACAAUUGACUGAGAAAAUAAAAGCGUGCCGUGAUAACGACAUGAAAGCCAACUUAAUCAUCCAAAAAAGGGUACAUACGUUGAGGUCCAAAGCAUUUUAUACCCUUUUAAAAGAACGGGAUGAAGGUGUAGAAACGUUUUCUUUUGACUGUCAGAAAAAAAGUCAAUUUUAUAUGUAUAAUUUUACAGUUGUCAGAGGAACUUCCAAAAGUAAUUUAAAUCCAUCUAAUAUCACUUCUUUUUGUUGGACCGAAAACGACUACAAGAAGAGUUCAAACGAGGUUGCCUUCUGCAUUUAUUACAUUCUUGAAUUGGCUAAUUUUGGAGACGAUAUUCGUACUAUCAGGCUCAUGUAUGAUGGAUACGAAGGCCAAAACAAAAACACGACACUCAUAUAUAUGCGUUGUUAUUGGUUUUCUAGACAAGAUAAAAUUAGACAAAUUGAAGUAAUAUUCCUAGUGAGGGGUCAUUUUUUCAUGUCUCCAGACCGGGUUUUUGGGAAUAUCGAAAAGGAUAUUAAAAAAAAGAAGAUAAUUUUAAAACCACAUGAAUAUCUAAAGAUGUUUUCAAAGUAUAGUACUGUUCAUUGGAUUGGAGAAUUAGUCGAAAUAUAUGACUGGAAAAAUGAAAAAUCAAUAACAAAAAAAACUAAGAACAUUGAAAGAAUGAAACCUACCAAAUUUCCGAAACAUAAUGCCGUGGUCAAUUUGUGGACUGGAAAAGUGAUUUCCGUUUAA